AUGGUGAGUCCAAUUACAUGCCACAUACUAGACACCGCCAUUGGCAAACCAGCGGCCAAUGUCACCUGCUCAAUCUACUAUCUCUCAGCCGGAAUUGCCGACUUGAGCGAGGUUGAAUCGUACAAUUUCGGCCCAGAACCGAAACCCUUUGCCUUGAGCAAGACCGAUGCAGACGGGCGUGUGAAAACAUGGGUCACGGAUCCAUCCACGUCAUCGGAAAAGCAAUCUCAGCUUGGAAUUGAGUCUGGUGUGUGGACGACGUUGAAACCGGGAAUCUACAAAAUCAAGUUUUUGACCGGGAAGUAUUUCCAUGAACUUAGUAUGGAGAGCAGGACGUUUUUUCCCUGCGUCGAGAUCACUUUUGAGGUUGCAGAUCCGCCUGACCAUCAUUACCAUGUUCCUUUGCUUCUAAGUAACUUCAGCUACUCUACGUAUAGAGGCAGUUAG